AGAAGCACUUGGGGCUUAAACCCCAACAGAUGCCUAACCUGGAGCAGGAGUAUCACCUGAGUAUGCUGGUGGCAAAGAGAAACCUGAGGCAACAGACCAUUUAAUCUUAAUGUUCACUGCAGACAAAGCACUGUCAGGAGUGGAGGUGAAAAGAUCCGUUGACCUGCAGUGGCAGCAGGAGCCUUGCCAGCUACACUCACACCAGCUCUGGAAAGGAAGAGGAACUUGAUAUGUGUUUCCUUAAAUGAGACACCAUGGCCAGAUUCUUACAGGCCCUGCUGUUCCUGGUGCUCACAAUGGGCCUUGUGUCUAGAAGAGUCCAAGCCUGGGGUUCACCUAAGAUUGUGAGACCAUUCGAAGACAUCCCCAAAAACUAUGUCUAUGUGCAGCAAGCAGUCUGGUAUGCCAUGAAAGAGUAUAACAAGGCCAGCAGGGACCAGUACAGCUUCAGGGUAGUGGACAUCCUAAAAUCUCAAGAGCAGCUUACAGACAGUCUGGAGUACUAUGUUGAAGUAAAAAUUGCCCGAACAAUGUGCAAGAAAACUUUAGGGGACAACGAAAACUGCUUGUUUCAGCAUGAUCCUAAAAUGAAAAAGAACGUGUUUUGCAUUUUUAUUGUUAGAUCCAAACCAUGGAAGUUUGAACUUAAAAUGCUGAAGAAGCAAUGCAAAGAUAUCUAACCAGCAUCCAGAAUACCUUGUCAUUCUCAUUUUUCUUUAAAAUAAAUAAAGAUGCUUGCAAGAUGAUGGACCACCA